UAUGUGUAUCACCAUGCGUGAGGCAUGGCUGACCAUAGACCGGCUCAGAAGUGGCCGAGACAUUCGCCUCUCGACCGCGACCAUGAGAGCACUCAACUCUCGACGCCCACGGUCAACCGCGAGCAUCUAUCGGCUCGUGCCUCGCUCGACUCUUUGUUUCUUCUUUCUGCUUUGCGUCCUUCAUCACACACGAGCGCGAAGUGUGCCUCACGAUGACGGCAGCGUCAUUGCGGACCAAGUGCACGAUAAGAUUUCGAAACCGGUACAGGUGAGUGAUCCUGACGACGUAAACAAAGAGGAUGUGGAUCAAGCACGAAAAAGCUUGACGAUAGCAGAACAUGAUGAAGAUGGAGAUGUUAGUGAAGGAAGAAAUACCUCAGGGGAAGAGAUACUCGUCGAGGAUCCUGAAAAGAUUCAAGUCGAAGCUGCUGGUGAUGAAGGUAGCGUGGCGAAGAAGAGAAGACGAAACGACGUGAGUCUUCUCGGUAAGCCCGUGUCUCAGAAUGGCGAGACUGUCGAACAGAAUGUCGAGGAAAACGAAGGUAUUCGAAGAUUUGACGCUCAGGUUGCGUCUGACGAUACUGAGACGAUACUGGAUCAACGGAAUGUAUCGGACAAUACAGAGAACAGUCAGGACUCACAAGAUGAUACUAUUGAAAUUAACGUCGAGGAAUUACACGCGGAUGUAAAAAACGUAGAUGUGAAUGCCGAUGAAGAUAGAGCGGAGCCGGAAGGAGAGAAGAAUGUAGACACUUCUUCUAGUUUUGGAGAAAAUCUGGAAGAUAUCAAAUUGAAAUGCACGGAUAAAAUAGAUUUAAACAAAGAAGAAACAGGGCAGAUUGAAAAUUUAGCGGAUCAUAAUUUGGAUGAAGCACAAAUAGAGAAUACCGAGGAAGUAAACGAGGACGUACGCAAUGAGCUUCGUAGCUUGCAGCUUGCUCAAACGGAAGAAACCGAAAGUAAUCAAGAGGAACAUGUCGUGGAAGAAACUGAAAGUAAUCAAGAGGAACGUGUGAUCGACGAGGCUUUGACCAAUGAAGAAAUCGGUGACGAAGAUCUGGAUCUGAACAGAGAAAAUAGAGCCAGUGUUCCAGGUAAGUCCAAGUACAAGAGUUCGACUGUUUAUUUGAGUGCUGAAGAAGGUAAUUUGCCUGGUCGCGAGCAAGAAUCAAUUGUAGACGGUCAAAUAAAAAAAUUAAUAUCUAUACGAAACGAUGCACUUGAAUCCGUCGGUAACAAUGCAGAAGAGUCGGAAAAAUUUGAUGAAGAGAGUCUUCUUUCAGAGAAAUCGAUUGAGGUUGAAGCGGUUGCGGCUGAAAAAGACGAAGAGAUUCGCAAUCAACGUAGCAGCGACGUGGAAGCGACAUCGAUUCAAAGUGAGAAUCUCGAUCAAUCAUCUUCAACGACGGAAGCCGAUUUAAACCGUUUUCAAAAAUGGAAGAAUCAAGCUGCGUUUCUUCAGGAACAAAUCAAGAACAGAACAUUUUUGCAGUAUUUAAGGGAACAGGCAAUCGAGGUGCUCUCUGAUAUUCCAAAAUUCACGGAAAACCAGUUAUUGGAUACUUUGAAGAAUAUUGCGAAAACGCGGGAGUCAUCUACGAACGAAACGUACUUGGCUAGCUUAAAUGCGUCCGAAUUGACUGAAAACCAAUUGGAAAUAAUAAAGUGUGCCGAGCAAUUAGUACAGACAAAACAGCGCCAGUCGUUCGUGGAAAAUAUAGGGGAAUGCAUUCGCGGUCUCAGUGUCUUUAACUGCAUACGCAUCUUCGUUUGGCCCGUCGUGCUCGACAAUCUUCCGGAAUCAGUUAAGCAGUCUCUGAAUUAUCUGCCAAUCGAGGUAAACUUAAUGGAUUUAUUUCAGGGUAACAGGGCCAAAUCUGCGAGAUCAGAGAACAGCAUUCAUCAUCCGUGGUUGCUAACGCCUGAGUUCGUUGUUUUUAACAUUCUGAAGGGUGCUUUGGAAUCGAAAGUCACCUACGACUUGGUGCCGAGUUUCAUCGAUCCAACGAACGAAACCCUGAGGUCACUGCUCACUAUCGGCCAACUCCAAAUUUUGCAGAUGGCUGAGAAACUUUUACCCGGUGAGAGGCGUCGCGAAUAUGCCGACAGGAUGUUCUCAUGCGUACGUAGAUUCGAAUACUUCAGCUGCGUCAAGUAUUUUGCCUGGCCGAUGGUGAAACAACAUUAUCCGACGCUGCCGGCUUUUCCGGAUUAUCAGAAUUGGUAUCCAUCGAUACCGUUGUAUCCGCAGUACCCUAUCGUUCCCUUUCCCAAUUUUGUGGGGACCCCUGGCGAGCUUCCGGAAGUCGUUGAAGCUGACGCUACGAGAAUGCGGAAGCCCAAGCCGGAAGCGGUGAUCGUGAACAUCCUUCAGAAUACCUUGAAGGAGCACGCGAAAGUUCCUCCUCCAUCUAUCGCUCAUGCUACAGAUUCUUACAUUGCUAUACUUCCUCCGGAGCAAUUACUGUCGAUUCACAUGGCUGAACAGCUACUUCCUAUCGCGUAUCGUCCAGAAUUCGUUCAGAGAACUGUUAAGUGCAUUCAGGAAUUUAAUUAUGUAACCUGUUUUAAAUAUUCCACCUGGCCGACGGUCAAGCAGUUUAUUCCCAAUCUACCGGACAUUUCCGAGUGGCUACCUGACUGGCAAUUACCCGAUUUCUUCGGUUUGUUGCCAAAUUUUCAGAUUCCUGAUUUUUCAUCAAUUUUAGGAGGAAACCAACCACCGACUUUACCGAUUCCACCAACUGUACCAAACCCACCGACUACGACGACACCGCUAGUCACAGAAAAUCCAUCGGAAUCCACUGGUGCAGAAAAAUUAUCCAGUCGGAUUCCAUUAUUGUCGCGCCAAAACGAAAUUUCUUUCAAAGCAUCCAGCGAAUUAGAAAACAAGGUCACGGAGAUUUUAACAAAGGUACGUAAUUCCCUGAGAGUGACAUCGAAAAAUUCGCAUUUAAUCAUCAACGAAAAUGUCAUUGUUCUGACAACAAUUACUGAGAAACAACUUAAUAUACUACAAUUAGCGGAGAGCAUGGUACCACCUCCGGCUCGGGCACCUCUUGUAGUUCAAGUUAUGUCUUGCCUCCAGGCGAACAACGACUUUCUCAAUUGCACCAGAUACGUCAUUUGGCCCACGGUUGCUCUUUACGUUCCUAAUUUCCCUGAAUUUCCUGAUUUCUCAUCUGCUCAACAACCAUCAAAACAAGAAGAUCAAAUACCAUUGAAAGACAAGAACGUUUCAGCUAUCAAGGAUCAGCAGGAAUGGAACAAAUCGCAAACGAAUUCCAACGUGAAGAUUAUUUCUAGGACGAAAUUUUCGCCUAAUAAUGGUCCUGUGAUUAGUGUUACUGGUACCCGAUUUGUGCCGAUAUUUACAGAACAUCCUGAAUCGGUGAUACUUAACAUUCUCAAGGCGAUUCAGCUGUCUUCGCCAAACGUGAGAGAUGAUCAGAGUGUGAAAAUAACCAGCACGCAACAGUUUGACCAUCUGCUUAAUGAUCAACAAUUGACUAUUCUUAAGAUAACAGAAAGCUUACUACCCGAUGCAACUCGUUCUGCUUUCAUCGAUCGAAUGGUAGAAUGUGUACGCAAGAACAAUUUUCUAGGAUGCUCAAGGAUGGUAUUGUGGCCGAGUUUAUCGGAAUAUUUCCCUAGACUGCCCAGCUUUCCAAAUUUCGGAGGACAUCCUCAAGCAGCAAACAGUAAGUCUACAUUACCUCAAAAUCUGACUGAUCCAUCGCCAUUGUCGGAGACUGAUGUGAAAGUCGGCCAGCACGGAGAUGCUACUGUUACCAUUACAGAUACUAGAUUUUAUCCGAUUUUUUCGGAACAUCCGGAAGGUGUAAUUUUAAGAAUACUUAAGACCGUGCAGCAUUCUACGCCGGAAGUCCUGCCUUCAAUAAUCACUUCAAGAUCGCCGCAUAUUACGUCUUAUUUUACGGAACAGCAAGGUAAUAUCGUUCAAAUCGCAGAAAGUCUGUUACCAGAAUCAGUAAGACCAAUCUUCGUAGAGAGGAUGAUCGCUUGUGUUCGAGAGAGCACGUUCCUCGACUGUACGAGAAAUAUAGCUUGGCCAACAAUUGCUCAAUUCUUCCCGAGAUUGCCAAACUUUCCCAAUUUUGGAAAUUUUCAGUUUCUGCCGAGAACUAAACUCGAUUUAUCAUCGAUCAUACUACGCAACGCUUAUUCCGAUAAUCAGACGUCCAAUGAAAAGAGUGAAAAUACAUCAAAGAUUGCCAUAGAAACAAUUGAGGAUAAAAUAGAGAACACAUUGAAGGAUUUGCUAAGUAAGAACUCGUCGCCGCGUUCAGAAAAUUCUUACCUAGACGUCAAUAAUCCUGUGAUAGGCACUCUUCUGACUGCUCAGGAGAUGAACAUUGUCAGAUUGGCGGAGAGAGCGAUACCGGAUUUGAUACGUCACGAAUAUGUAACCAACUUGUUGGACUGCGUGAGAAGCAAUAAUUUCGUGGCCUGCACCCAGCAUGUCACUUGGCCAAUUUUGAAACAAUUUUCGCCAAGUAUACCGAGCCUCGAAGAAUUGUUCGGUCAGUUUCAAGCUCCUGGUGCUGGUCAGAUUCCCGGUAUAAGCCUAAUUCCUGGCUCUGGUCAAAUUCCUGGUAUUAGUCAAAUUCCUGGCUCUGGUCAGAUUCCCGGUAUAAGCCUAAUUCCUGGUGUAAGUCAAAUUCCUGGUAUUGGCCAAAUUCCUGGCGCAGGUCAAAUUCCAGGUGCGGGUCAAAUUCCUGGUGCCGGCCAAAUUCCUGGAGCCGGCCAAAUCCUUGGUAUAGGUCAACUUCCUGGGCAGAUCCCGAGUUUUCCUGGAAAUCCUUUCACCGAGCGCCCCAUCAUACAGUUUCCUCUCCCUCAACGUCCUACGGUACCGAGUGGAAUUCAAACUGGCAUUCCUCAGUUUCCAGGAUUGCCUAGCUUUGGUGGCAUAAAUUAUCCGCAAAUUCAAAUCCUGUCGGAUGCGCCGAAAGAGUCGAAGUUGCAGGAUCCAAAGCUGCAGGAAUCGAAGUCGCAGGAAUCGAAAUUGCAGGAGCCGAAGCCGCAGGAGCUGAAGUCUCAAGAGCAAACAGUUCAGUCGAAAGUUGCGCAUGCAGUGAAACAGGCAAACCAGAUAAGUGGAGAAUCGAGGGCUUCGAACACUGCGUCAGUAGGUAUUAAAAUGUUAUCUCCACUAUUGCUGUUGAGUAUGAUUGUGUCCAUAAUGGGUGGCUACGUGCCACCUGGACCGAGGUUCGGAUGCCCCAAAGACGCGAUUUACAUUUAUCCCUGCACUUGUCUUCGGGGCAGUGACAGAGGUUUAUACAUCCGUUGUGAGAAUACGAAUCUGGCCAGUCUCAGUAUUGCCUUCACGAAUCUGGGAAACGAGGGCAUGCCGAUCGAGGAACUGGUUCUAUAUAAAUGUAACAUAGUACGAUUCUACGGGCCCGCUCUAUAUCCAUUGGAUGUGCGAGUGCUCAAGUUCAUCGAUACGCCAUUGAGAUUGAUCGAAGAGCACAGUUUUCUUGGCGUGAACCGAACUCUUCAGGAGCUUUAUGUAAUAAACAGCAAUCUGGAAAAAUUUCCUCGUGAAGCACUGCAGAUCCUCGGCAAUCUCAGCCUGUUGAGCAUCACCGGGCACCGGAUAUCUGCCUUGCUGGGAAAUAGUUUUGGUGAAAGCGCGGCGGCUGCGAAGCUAGAAAAAUUGGAGAUUAGUAACGGUACACUUUCUUCCUUGCCUGUGGAAGCAUUAACGCCACUCAAGAAACUUAAAACUCUUGAUCUUCAUGGCAACAAAAUAAAAGACUUGAAGAGGAAUCAAUUCAAAGGUCUAAGAGACACCGAGUUCUUGGAUAUCUCUCACAAUUUAAUCGACAAAUUAGAUCCGUCUCAUUUAGCCGAUCUUGUCAAGAUGGGAUGGUGCAACAUAUCGCAUAAUGCUAUCGCCGAUUUGAAAAGAGGAACCUUCGCCCGGAAUUCCGUCUUAAAGGUCUUAAAUUUGAGCCACAACAAAAUCAGGAAACUUGAUUCAAACACUUUCCGUGGCAUGCGUUUUCUUAGACGGUUACAUCUGAGCGACAAUCAAAUCGACGACGUGGGUCGUGGAACUUUCGGUUCCAUUACCAGAAUCGGCACCGUUGAUCUUGCCCGGAACUUUAUUAAGAAAAUCGACUUCCAAAUGUUCAAUCAGUUACAAUUUGCUGAGCUUAUAGAUGUUUCCGAGAAUUUCGUGACGAUCGUGGAGAAAUUGGCGUUCAAAGAUAUCUAUCUGGCGAAAGUGAAUCUGUCUCACAAUGAAAUUUCAAAGAUCGAAUCAGGCGCUUUCGAGAAUUGUGCGAAUAUCACAUUAUUGGAUCUCAGCCACAACAAGCUCGAGAAUAUCUCAAAGUAUUCUUUCGAUAGUGCAUCAUAUGCUAUGGAAUUACAACUUAGUUAUAAUCUAUUUACAUCUCUAAAUCAAAUUCCAAUGCACAACAUGACGGGGCUGAAAAUCUUAAACGUUUCCCACAAUCUGAUACAUUCCAUUCCACGACAAACUUUUCCAAAGCUGUACGAGCUCCACACGAUCGACAUCUCGCACAACAAUCUAUCCGAGAUUCAUAACGCCGUAUUUCAGACGCUCUUCAGCUUGCGAUUCUUGAACAUGUCGUAUAAUUCUCUAGAGAAAAUAAAACCAUCGACGUUCGGACCGCUGCCGACGCUUCUAGAACUCGAUAUGAGUUACAAUCAAUUAAACGACGUUGCACGAGGUAGUCUCACUCGAUUAGCCAGUUGCAGGAGUUUAACGGUGAAAAAUAAUCGUUUGACAAAGAUAUUCCAAUUGCCAAUUUCUCUGGGUCAUUUGGACUUCUCGGAGAAUCUGUUGGAAGAGAUUCCGAGCACCGACGUGUGGCCUACGAUGAAUGCAUUGCUCUCGCUGGACCUUUCGCGGAAUCAGCUGGGCGAUAACCUGCAAGAGGGGAGCUUCGAAAACCUGCUGACCUUGAGAAUCUUAAACCUGCAAGCGAAUAACAUUACAAAGCCGCCUUGGCAAGCACUCGGCGGUCUGAGCAGUCUGCAGUAUCUUUAUCUGCAGGAUAAUUACUUGACGAAACUGGAAAAAGCCGCCUUCGGCCGUCUGCCGAUAGUAUUUGAGCUGAACUUGGCGAACAAUAAAAUAAGUAAUAUAACGAGCCGGGCAUUCGAGGGCCUGUUGCAGUUGCUAACGUUAAACUUGACGACCAACGACAUUAGCUACAUACCAAACGGCGCGUUUCAGGGUCUAGUAUCUCUACGAACACUCGACCUAUCGCAUAAUAAAUUGGAGAAACUGGACAACAAGACGCAUGGACUGCUCGACGAUUGUCUAUCUCUGGAGAGACUCAACCUUAGUCAUAACGAGAUAUCAUUUAUCACCCGGAAGACCCUUCCAAAUGAUCCCUGGAUUCCUUAUAGGUUAAAGGAAGUCGAUUUAUCCUAUAAUACAAUGCCGGUCAUUACCUUCGACUUCAUCGCCGGUGCUAAAAAGAUUCAGUAUUUGAAUCUUUCUCAUAAUAACAUUGAUGAAAUCAGGAGAUAUGUAAUUGGGAAUUUAACGGCUUUGCAGACGUUGGAUUUAUCGUACAAUGACAUAAGUGACAUCUCGGAUAAAGAUAUUUUUCUUCCGCCAUUAAAUUUAACCAACUUGCAUCUGAGUAACAACCAUCUAAGCCAUGUGCCUCUCGACAAGAUUCUACCGCUGCCGAAUCUAAAAGUUCUCGAUCUGGAAGAAAACAAGAUCGGUGUUUUCGAUGAGAGGUUCAUGAAAAUUAUUCAGAACGGCACGGUGUUCAAAUACUCCGGUAAUCCCAUGCACUGUGAUUGUCAUGUGCGGCCAUUGAAGAGAUGGCUAAAAUCUCAAACGGAAUUUCCAACGGAAUGGUCGAACGUGAUGUGUAAAAGUCCAAAUUAUCUCGCAAAUAAAUUUAUCUCGGAAGUAACCGAGGAUCUUACGAACUGCGGCGAGAGGGAUAUUCAAGAGGAGCCCGAACUCGAUAUCACACCUGAUGUGAAAUAUCGAAGCAUUGAUUACAAUACCGAGGAUAAAAGUUGGAAAGCGACGUGGUACGUAACGUCGCGCGAAGAUAUCGGCGACUUCUACGUGGUGAUUCGGGAAUCUGGUAGCAGUAAAUCCAUGCUCGAAAAGGAUAUCGUUUACAGCGAGAGAUCCUUCAAAAUCAACGAUCUGAAGAGGUCGAACACCAAAUACGAGCUCUGCGUGCUCGCGCGUGACUCUGAAGGGAACGUCAAACAUUAUAGGAAUUCGCAGUGUCAGAUUUUGAAUCAGCACUCCAGCUCGACCGAUAGUUUCAGGGCGAGCCUGUACUUCGUGAUAGUCGCUGCUUCCUUUUGCACUCUUAUGAGAUUUCGUUAACCUGACGAAACUAGUAUUCGUAGUACUUAGAAAAAUGUCUUACGUUUCGUGGAGAUAGUAAGAUAAACACACGAAGUUAUUAUCGCUGGUUAAAUUUCUGAUCGUUCUGCUAUUUUAGAUUUUUAUCUAUGUCGCGUUGAAGCGCGAUAAGCGAUGUGAUUGUACAAUAAAUUAAUAUGUAUAUUCCUCGAAAAGGUGUCCAGUAAACAAGCUAACGUUACUUAUUGUUAUUUUAACGUCAAAAUGACAUUUUGAAAUGAUGUCAAAAUGAUGAUAAGAGCUUCAACUUGUUUGCUGGGUGAUAUACUGUGUGCGUUGUACAUAGAACGUAUUGUAUUUUGCUCGGAAGUAGGGACGUUGAACGUCGUGUAUUUAUUUUUGUAAAAUAUAUACCUUG